CUGAGUGCAGGGUUACCGCGCCCAUCUAUGCCGUUUGAUGGCCGCAGGAAGAAGCUGCUGAGAUUCGGAAGCCAGGAAGAAAAGGAGGGACGACGUCGACGAAGUUGGACGAGGGAGGUUGUUUUCAUUUCGCCGUGAAGGUGGAAUUUGUGGUGGCUUCGGAGAGCGACUCAGAAAGGCUUAUUUUGGGGUGAAAGACCGCCUCGUAUCUGCUCGACUGUGCCGGUGUCUCCCCCCUCCUCCUUCGGCGGGUCAAAAACCGGGUUCGGGGAGUGCCGCUCCUCGCUGGCAACAUCUGAGAGAGGAGAGACCAGCUUGUUUUUGCCAGCUAAUGUGAUUUAAAGCACGGAUAGCAUUUGAAAGAAGGCUGGAUGACAAGAGGUUUCACUCUGCAUCUGUCUCAACACCUGGGCACAUUGGUUCUCUAGCCCAAUGAAUGGAGUGAUUGAACCCUCCUGUCAGUCAUUCAGUCUCUUUGUCCCAGUGGGUGCAGAUCAGAAAGAGUCUAGGUGGCGGAGCAAAGCACACCAUUAGCAGAGGAAAAUGAGUGAACUGGAUCAGCUACGUCAGGAGGCUGAGCAGCUCAAGAACCAGAUCAGAGAUGCCAGGAAAGCGUGUGCUGAUGCUACCCUGUCCCAGAUUACAGCUAACAUUGACCCUGUUGGCCGAAUUCAGAUGCGCACUCGUCGGACACUGAGGGGGCAUCUGGCUAAAAUCUAUGCCAUGCACUGGGGAACUGAUUCAAGGCUUUUGGUCAGUGCCUCCCAGGAUGGCAAGCUCAUUAUUUGGGAUAGCUACACCACAAACAAGGUCCAUGCCAUUCCACUGCGCUCCUCUUGGGUGAUGACAUGCGCCUAUGCCCCUUCUGGGAACUAUGUUGCCUGUGGGGGCUUGGACAACAUCUGCUCCAUCUACAACCUGAAGACCCGUGAGGGAAAUGUGCGUGUUAGCCGCGAGCUGGCUGGACACACAGGCUACCUGUCCUGCUGUCGCUUCCUGGAUGACAACCAGAUUGUCACCAGCUCUGGUGACACCACCUGUGCUCUGUGGGACAUUGAGACUGGACAGCAGACAACUACGUUUGCUGGCCACACUGGUGAUGUCAUGAGCCUCUCUCUGGCACCUGACACCAGGCUGUUUGUGUCUGGGGCCUGUGAUGCCUCAGCUAAGCUCUGGGACAUCAGAGAAGGAAUGUGCCGGCAGACCUUCACUGGCCAUGAGUCGGACAUCAAUGCCAUUUGCUUCUUCCCCAACGGCAAUGCCUUUGCCACGGGCUCAGAUGAUGCUACAUGCCGACUGUUUGACCUGCGUGCUGACCAGGAGUUGAUGGUAUACUCGCAUGACAACAUCAUCUGUGGCAUCACCUCUGUGGCAUUCUCCAAGAGCGGCCGCCUCCUGCUGGCCGGCUAUGAUGAUUUCAACUGCAACGUCUGGGAUACUUUGAAGGCUGACCGUGCAGGUGUCCUAGCUGGUCAUGACAACCGGGUGAGCUGCUUGGGUGUGACUGACGACGGCAUGGCAGUGGCAACAGGGUCCUGGGAUAGCUUCCUCAAGAUCUGGAACUAGAGCCUGAAGAUGGCAUCUGGACUCCAAAGUCGUGCGGGAGACCAUUCCAACAUCACAAUGUUUAAUUGUAUUGCAUAUCCAAUCGUUUCAAAACACCCAAAAAACUAUUGAGGGCAAAAAUCUCUCUCUCUCUCUCUCCCUCCCUCCCUCCCUAUCCUCCUCCUCAUAAAAGAGCACAAUUGUCUGUCAACUCAUUCAGCUACAAUACAGAUAAAAGCUCAAAGAAUUUGGUCAUGUCUCAAUGGACGGAUGGAAAAAUUGUGCAUUCCUUCCAUGACCGCAGGUCUGAGUGAAGAUUAUUUACAUGACAGCAAUCUAACUCUUAAUAGCUUCCCUGACUUUUUUUUGGCUUUUGUUUUUUGUUCUUCUACUUCCUUUUCAGUCAUAGUAGAUCUGUAGGUUGUCUGUUAAUGUAAAGAAGCUGAGGAUCAAAGCUUUGUUAUAUUUGCUAAUCCUUUCAUGUUCUAAAGAAUGUUUUAAGUUGGAAAAGUAAAAUAAAACCUCCAGAACGUCCUUGUGAAUUCAGCUUUAUCCCACUGGAGAACAAAGCGAGAGAAUUUUGCUUACACGGAGUCCUCAAGCCAGUUCUGGCCCUGCUGUAUAUUAAUCCCAUGAUACUUUUAUUUUUUCCAGUGUAGUCCACAAAUCUUUGUUUGCACAAAAAUGUAAACUUUGCAUAUAUAAAAGAAAAACGUUAACUAACCAAGCACAUGCUGUGAUAAUGAAUGCUCGUUUUUAAAAUGCAAAAACCACAAAAAAAAUCAUUUAACCACUCUUACACCUUUUUUGUCUGGCACCAAUCUAGACUAAUUAAAUGAAGAUUAACCUAUUGGAUCAUAAUCCACCCUGCCCCUUUAUUUUACUUUACAUUUUCUUCCUGUAGUUUUCUUGUCCCUGGUUUCUAUUGUUGUGGUUGGGACCAGAAAGAUGUGACUGGUCGGUGAGGGGAGUCGCUCCACUUUAGCCAAGUUGUGUUCCAGAACUUUUUCUAACAGAGGUGCCCAUUCCGUGCUUGGAAAUGCAGUUACUUCUCUGUGAAUGACAUGUUGUAUAAAUCAGUGUUAGCAAAUAAUGAUAUUGAAACUUUUCAAGUUUAAAAACUAAAAAAAAAAGAUUUUGGUUGUCUGCCAUGGGUGGGUUAUCUCUUAGAAUCGCAUGCUGUAGAAUUGCUUUAAAAGGUGCAUAUGGGAUUAAGUCCUUUUGAUGUUUUCUUUCAGAAAAUAACCUGUUGAAUAUAUCAAUACGAUGGUAUUUAUUUUAUCCCCCACCCCUGUUUUUUGGCUACUCCGUGCAUACAUGAUUCAACUAAAAUGUCAAAACUAUGCACAUGAGAAGCAAGUUACUUGGUCCAUACUUGGAGGGGUUUCACAAAUGAAGUCGUCACCUAAAUGUAAAUUGUACACACAUACGUCCAAUCACCUAAACAUACCAGUGGGCCUAAUUUUCAUUCCUUCUGUAGCAAACAAAAAUCAACUUAAAUAAAAACAUUUUAUAACAGGUUUUUUUCUGUCCUUUAAUAAAAAAUGUAAAUUCAAAAAAUCUUGCAGCAUCUGGAUGGCAGACUUUUCUGUUACCGUCUUGUAAACAAGAUGCUCUUAUUAGCAGUAGUGACUUUUUUUCCCCCAUUUUCUUUUUCUCUCUACAACAUUCUGUACAAAACAAAAUGUGCUGUAAUUGUGCGUUAGGCCUGGAGUUGGCAAAAAAAUAAAACAUGUAAAAUCACUUUCCUUUUCUCUUUCUCCAUCAAAUAACUGUAGAGCUCUGCACCCCAACCGUCAUUCCCUUUUCAUUUUUUGUAUUUAAUUUUAAAGUAAGUCAGUGUACAACCGAAAGCUGGAUGCAAGAUAGAAACUAUAUUAAAAUGUACUGUUAUUUAAGAUGUAAUAAAAAGCAGUUUGAGAUGA